GCCAUUUAUUUUGUUCAUUUUCGUGUUCCGUGUCGGUGACGUCACCAGGGAGGCGUGGCUUAUGGAUGCCAUUCACUUCCUGCUUUUUUCCUGUCGCCUGAUCAGCUGCUGGAGCCUUUCGUCAGACGAGAGACGGUCACCAUGUCACACCAAACGGGCAUUCAAGCGGGCAAUGAUGUAAAAGACAUUUUCGUCAGUGCCAAGAGCGGAGACGAGUACCGCGUCUUGAAGAUCAUCAUCGAAGAAGAGCAGCUGACUUUGGCCACCGCCAGGAAGGCGUCCAAGACGUGGGACCAGGAGUAUGACUCUUUAUUGCUGCCCCUCCUGGAGGACUCCAUGCCCUGCUACAUCCUCUACAGGCUGGACUCCAGAAACAACCAAGGCUUUGAGUGGGUCUUCCUUGCCUGGACUCCUGACCGGUCUACUGUGAGAAACAAAAUGUUAUUUGCUGCUACCAGAGCCACACUAAAGAAGGAGUUCGGGGGCGGCCACAUCAGAGAUGAGAUGUUUGGCACCACAAAGGACGACCUGAGCCUGAGUGGAUACAGGAAAUAUCUGACCUCAGAGGCGGCACCGCUGCCCUUCACUGCUGCUGAGGAGGAGCUGAGACAGAUUAAACUACAAGAGGUGCAGACGGACAUUAGUGUGGACUCCAAGCAGCAGACCCUUCAGGGCGUGGCCUUUCCCAUUCAUAAAGAUGCAAUGGCAGCAUUGGAGCGUUUCAGGGAGAGGCAAAUCAACUACGUACAGCUGCAAGUGGACGCGGAACAGGAGCUGAUCCGCUUGUGCAGCACCGAGCAAACCGAGCUGAGGGACCUGCCGUCCAGGAUCCCCAAAGACUGUGCACGCUACCACUUCUUCCUCUACAAACACUCCCACGAGGGAGACUUCCUGGAGUCCACGGUCUUCAUUUAUUCCAUGCCGGGCUACAAGUGCAGCAUCCGAGAGAGGAUGCUCUACUCCAGCUGCAAAAACCCUCUGGUCGACAUGGUGGAAAACCAGCUGAAGAUGGAAAUCGAAAAAAAGUUGGAAAUCGACAAUGGCGACGAACUGACCAGCGACUUCAUGUACGAAGAGGUGCACCCCAAGCAGCACGCGCACAAGCAGGCCUUCGCCAAGCCCAAAGGCCCGCAAGGGAAGCGGGGCGGCCGCCGCAUCACCCGACCCCCCGCCGAUAGACAGGAGGACGAUUAGGAACAGACCUCUCAGCACCUCCACACCCUGUGCACGUUCCACACUGGAACAUCCUGAGACGGAGGCACCCAUGUUGCUCGUUUUAAAAGAAAAGAAAAAAGGAUGACGACCUCGCAUUCCCUACCAGGUUUUUUUUUAACCCCAGAUUCAGCUAUGCACGCCAAGGACACGUGAGCAACUGCACAUUUCAGCAGUUUAGCUUUCUCCUGUUAGAUCAUUCCCAGCCAAUCAUUCCUAAUAUGUCAUAACAUAACCGCCACGUAUUUUUUUAGGUCGCCCAAAUUCUUAACUUGCAUUCCUUAAAUCACUUAAUCUGUGUUUAACGUAUGUGUGUGUGUGUGUGUGUGUGUGUGUGUGUGUGUGUGCGCACAAGCCUGGUGCUCCAAAGCAGAGAUGAUAAUUAUCCCACUCAUAAUUACAUUUUAUAUUGCAUUUUUUUAUAUAUAUAUAUAACUGUGGUUUACAUUGAGAGCAAGAGUGAAAAAAACAAAAAUCAUCUGCUGAGAAACAUAUUUUUCUAUGCAAGUGCUGUAAAUGUACAUAUUGUAGUUGUGUGUGUGUGUGUGUGUGUGUGUGUGUGUGUGUGUGUGUGCGUGUGUGCGUGCGUGCGUGCGUGCGUGCGUGCGUGCGUGCGUGCGUGCGUGCGUGCGUGCGUGCGUGCGUGCGUGCGUGCGUGCGUGCGUGCGUGCUUCUGGUGGUGAUGUCGUCGAGGAUCACAGUGGAAUUGAACACGGGGCUUCCAGAAAUAUUUCAUUCAUGUAAAUGAUUUGCCGCAGAGGAAGCUGUGUGAAUAAGAGAAAUAAAUAAAAGGCGUAGGAAAGGGAAUUUAUCCAAAAUGUCACCACAGCCACUCGUCUACUGAUCACCAUUAUUAGGCUAACGACUACGCUCACCUCAUCUUGUAAUCAUCCAGUGUCAUUAGAAGUAGACAAGUUUGGUCUUAUUUGUUUUCUUACAGAUCUUUCUUUUUAAGGAAAAUAAAAUAUUUAAAUUGCACAUCA